AUGAAGUAUUCUUGCUGUGCUCUGGUUUUGGCUGUGCUGGGCACACAGCUACUGGGGAGCCUCGGUUCAACCAUCAGAUCCCCGAGGUUCAGAGGCCGGAUACAGCAGGAGCGAAAAAACAUCCGACCCAACAUCAUUCUCGUGCUCACUGAUGAUCAAGACGUGGAGUUGGGGUCCCUGCAAGUCAUGAACAAAACCAGAAAGAUUAUGGAGCGCGAGGGGGCCACCUUCACCAACGCCUUCGUGACGACGCCCAUGUGCUGCCCGUCCCGCUCAUCUAUGCUCACGGGCAAGUACGUGCACAACCACAACACCUACACCAACAAUGAGAACUGCUCCUCGCCGCCCUGGCAGGCAGUGCACGAGCCGCGGACUUUUGCUGUCUAUCUGAACAGCACCGGCUACAGAACAGCCUUUUUUGGAAAAUACCUCAAUGAAUAUAAUGGCAGCUACAUCCCUCCUGGGUGGCGAGAAUGGCUUGGAUUAAUCAAGAAUUCUCGUUUCUAUAAUUACACUGUUUGUCGCAAUGGCAUCAAAGAAAAGCAUGGAUUUGAUUAUGCGAAGGACUACUUCACAGACUUAAUCACUAACGAGAGCAUUAAUUACUUCAAAAUGUCUAAGAGAAUGUAUCCCCAUAGGCCCAUUAUGAUGGUGAUCAGCCACGCGGCACCCCACGGCCCCGAGGACUCAGCCCCACAGUUUUCAAAACUGUACCCCAAUGCUUCCCAACACAUAACUCCUAGUUAUAACUAUGCACCAAAUAUGGACAAACACUGGAUAAUGCAGUACACGGGACCCAUGCUGCCCAUCCACAUGGAAUUUACAAACGUUCUACAUCGCAAACGGCUUCAGACUUUGAUGUCAGUGGAUGAUUCUGUGGAAAGGCUGUAUAAUAUGCUUGUGGAAACAGGGGAGCUGGAGAACACUUACAUCAUCUAUACUGCCGACCACGGUUACCAUAUCGGGCAGUUUGGACUGGUCAAGGGGAAAUCCAUGCCAUAUGACUUUGAUAUCCGUGUGCCUUUCUUUAUUCGUGGUCCAAGUGUAGAACCAGGAUCGAUAGUCCCACAGAUUGUUCUAAACAUUGACCUGGCCCCUACCAUCCUGGACAUUGCUGGGCUCGACGCACCUCCUGACAUAGACGGCAAGUCUGUCCUCAAACUCCUGGACCAGGAAAAGCCAGGUAACAGGUUUCGAACAAACAAGAAGGCCAAAAUUUGGCGUGAUACAUUCCUCGUGGAAAGAGGGAAAUUUCUACGUAAGAAGGAAGAAUCCAACAAGAAUAUCCAACAGUCAAAUCACUUGCCCAAAUAUGAGAGGGUCAAAGAACUGUGCCAGCAGGCCAGGUACCAGACAGCCUGUGAACAACCUGGGCAGAAGUGGCAGUGUGUCGAGGACGCGUCUGGCAAGCUUCGGAUUCACAAGUGCAAGGGGUCUGGUGACCUGCUUGCUGUCCGGCACAGCACGAGGCCCCUCUUCUCUCGCAGCUUCCACGACAAUGACAAAGAGUGCAAUUGUGGAGAUGCCAGUUAUCGGGCCAGCAGAAGCCAAAGAAAGAGUCAGAGGCAGUACCUAAGGAACCAGGGGACCCCGAAGUACAAGCCCAGAUUUGUCCAUACCCGGCAGACACGCUCCUUGUCAGUCGAAUUUGAAGGCGAAAUAUAUGACAUAAACCUGGAAGAAGAACUGCAAGUCCUGCGACCACGAAACAUUGCCAAGCGUCACGAUGAAGGUCGCCAAGGGCCCAGAGGCCGCCAGGCCACCGGCGGCGGUGAUGGGGACGCGAUGCUGGCCGACAGCGGAAAUGCCGUGGGCCUGCCUGCCACUGUCCGAGUGACGCACAAAUGCUUCAUUCUUCCAAAUGAUACAAUUCAUUGUGAGAGAGAACUUUAUCAAUCAGCCAGAGCCUGGAAGGACCACAAGGCAUACAUUGAUAAAGAGAUUGAGGCUUUGCAAGAUAAAAUUAAGAAUUUAAGAGAGGUGAGAGGACAUCUAAAGAGAAGGAAACCUGAGGAAUGUGGCUGCAAUAAACAGAGCUAUUACAACAAAGAGAAAGGUGUGAAAAAGCAAGAGAAAUUAAAGAGCCACCUUCACCCAUUCAAAGAAGCCGCUCAAGAAGUAGACAGCAAACUGCAGCUUUUCAAGGAGAACCGCAGGAGGAAGAAAGUGAGGAAGGAGAAGAAACGGCAGCGGAAGGGUGAGGAGUGCAGCCUUCCUGGCCUCACCUGCUUCACGCAUGACAACAACCACUGGCAGACGGCGCCGUUCUGGAACCUGGGCUCUUUCUGUGCUUGCACGAGUUCUAACAAUAACACCUACUGGUGUUUGCGGACAGUUAAUGACACGCAUAAUUUUCUUUUCUGUGAGUUCGCCACUGGCUUUUUGGAGUAUUUUGAUAUGAAUACUGAUCCUUAUCAGCUCACAAAUACCGUGCACACAGUAGAACGGGGCGUUUUGAAUCAGCUACACAUGCAGCUGAUGGAACUCAGGAGCUGUCAAGGGUAUAAGCAGUGCAACCCAAGACCUAAGGGCCUAGAAGUUGGAAAUAAAGAUGGAGGAAGCUAUGACCUGCACAGUCUUCCCAGGGCUGAUGCCCAAAGCGUGACAUACAGCUCUACUGGGAUUUGUUAUGGGACGGAUGGGAAGGUUAGUCAGCCCAGUCUCACUGCAGAGGUCAACUGGCAAGGCCUGGAGGAUCUAUACAGUGUGAAUGGAAGCAUCUACGAGGACAGACCAAACUAUAGACUUAGUCUGGUUGACUGGACUAAUUACUUGAAGGCUGCAGAUAGAGUAUUUGCACUGUUGAACAGUCACCAUGAGCAAACUAAAGCAAAUAAGACUAAAAGUGCUCAAAGUGAUGGGUUCCUGGCUAUGUCUGCUGAGCUCUCGGCACCAGCAGAGUCAGAUGAAGACCCGAGGCGUAGGGUUGGGGAAGCACCUCCUUUGACCUUGCCGGCUGACCUUCCCACCCUGCAUUCCAACCGACCAACAUUCAGCUCAGAGAGUAAACUUGAACGGAAUAACGACAUGCCCGAAGUUAAUCGUUUGAAUUCUGAACACUGGAGAAAUCAUAAAACUGACAAGCGGUUGGAGCAUGAAGGGAUCAAUCUUCUUGAAACUGAUUUCAGCGGCGACGGCCCAACGACGGAGCUGGUGCAGCCCGGGCCCAGGCACCAGAAGGGACUUCCCCAGGAUGGUCCUCCAAGAGAAGAUGCUUCUGAAGGUCGGCUGCAUCUUACCACGCAUCCUGAUGUUGACUCCAUUCAUCGGGAUCAAAGCGUCCACCAAUAG